AAAAUUGUGCCAAAUGCAGAGAAUUGUGUGUAGUGUUUUGAAAAAAAAAGUGUAUUUGAGUGUAAAGCGGGAAUUGUGUUUGUAGUUUAGCAGGAUUGGUUCAGGGUGUUGGUGCAUCAGAUACAUGUUGUCAUUGUGUCUGAAGUACAAGUAAUUGUGUGUAAAUAACUGGGAAAAACUGUAAAAGGGGUUUUUUCCUUCCCACUGUCAACAGAGUUCUUGCUCAUAAGGGGGUCAUGUGAUUGUUGGGGUUUUUGCUGUUUUCUUUUUAUUAUUGUAAGGUCUUUUCUUUACAAUAUAAAGGUACAACAUUUGCGGGAGUUGACCAUCUCAUUCUGAGCAGACUGAUGUUUUACAGCUGGAUGUUAAUGUUUGGGUGAUGUCAUGUUUAGUUUUCUGGUACACGUGUUGUCGGUUCUGUUUUAUAAAUAAAGUUCUUCAGUAAAAUCAAAAGAAAACUUCUGAUUUGAUUUUCGUGUUUUCCCAAUGACUCCAGCAGGGGGCAAAUAAGGAGCACAGUCCUAUUUUACAGAACUAGAAGAAGAAGGAGAGGAGGAGAUCUCGCGAUACUUCACUGGGCGGCAGUUGGUUCUUUGUGUGCAGCAGGGAACGUGCGUGUUAGGAUCGACAGAUCAUCUCAUCUUCCAACUGCGGAUCGAUAUCUGACCCAAUCACACCAGAUCACCUGUCCGGACUCCCACAGACGCAGUUAACUUCCUGAAUCAUUUCCAUGGCGCAAAGACGAGGACACAUCAGGUACCUGAAGGUGUGUGAGGUUCAGAACUCUCAGGGUGAUGUCAGAGACGCUUCGCUCGCCGCUAAAGGAGCUGCUGGAAAUGAGCUGUACGAUAACGGGUACGGCGAGCAGAUGAUGGAGGACGAAGACGCGCGCACGAACCUGAUUGUGAACUACCUGCCGCAGAGCAUGAGCCAGGACGAGCUACGCAGCCUCUUCAGCAGUGUUGGCGAGGUCGAGUCUGCCAAGCUCAUCCGCGACAAAGUGGCAGGCCACAGUUUAGGUUACGGCUUUGUUAACUUUGUUAACCCUAGUGAUGCAGAGAGGGCUAUCAGUACCCUCAAUGGCCUGAGGCUACAGUCUAAAACUAUCAAGGUUUCAUUUGCACGGCCGAGUUCGGACGCCAUCAAAGAUGCGAACCUGUAUAUCAGUGGUUUGCCACGGACUCUCAGUCAGCAGGACGUGGAGGACAUGUUCUCGCACUACGGUCGCAUCAUCAAUUCUAGAGUGUUAGUGGACCAGGCUUCAGGUCUGUCACGUGGCGUGGCCUUCAUCCGCUUUGAUAAGAGGGCUGAGGCCGAUGACGCUGUCAAACACCUGAACGGACACACGCCUCCCGGCAGCGCUGAGCCAAUCACGGUCAAGUUUGCUGCCAAUCCCAACCAGGCCAGGAACUCCCAGAUGAUGUCACAGAUGUAUCAUGGCCAAUCACGACGUUUUGGGGGGCCCGUCCAUCACCAGGCACAAAGGUUCCGGUUUUCUCCAAUGAGCACCGACCACAUGAGCGGAGGGGGUGGGGCCUCGGGGAGCUCAUCCUCUGGUUGGUGCAUCUUCAUCUACAACCUGGGCCAGGAAGCUGACGAGGCCAUGCUGUGGCAGAUGUUUGGCCCGUUCGGCGCAGUCUUGAAUGUGAAAGUGAUCCGAGAUUUUAACACCAAUAAGUGCAAAGGCUUUGGCUUUGUUACAAUGGCAAACUAUGAGGAAGCUGCCAUGGCGAUCCACAGCCUGAACGGGUACCGCCUGGGGGACAAAGUCCUGCAGGUCUCAUUCAAGACCAGCAAGGGGCACAAAUAGAGGAGGGGGCGAGGCUAAAACUAAUAACAGGUGUUUUUGUUUUUGUUUUUUGUCUGUUUUGUCAGUUUUUCCCAGCAUGCCCUGUUUCUUUAUGUCAGUAAGUAAUUUUUCUGACUGUGUGGGCGUUCAUCCACAAUAAAGGACUGAAACCUGCAGUAUGACUGACAGCUGACUGUCACCAUGGUUAUGAACAUAACUGGAGUUGUAUCAAUUUCUGCAGGUUUACAUUUGGGGUCAAAGGAUACGGAAACUAAAUCUGCUCUUUUCUGAUUUGAGUAAAACGUUCAGUUGGUUUUAUGUACAGUUUAUGUAAAUGAUGUCAUGGUAACCACUGACAACCGAUUAAAGGAUUAAAAGUUUGGACAGGUAACCUGACGUUAUCAUGUCAGGUGAUCAGGUCAGUGUUAGACGAUUAGUUUCAUGUUGUACAGGUGAGGUAGAGGAAUGCACCUGAUGAACAGGUAACUGAUGUGAAGUCAAUUUUCAUUUGUUUUAUUUUUGUAUUGCAGCUUCAUUGUGACAUUUAUUCAGCAAUAAAUCUGUUAUUGUGAAAACAUAA